AUGAUCCAGCUAAAGACGAUAUGCAAGGUCAUUGACAACUCAGGCGCCCUCCUCGUCGAAUGCAUCAACGUAAUCGGAGGCUCCAAAAUCGCAUCUCUCGGCGACGAAAUAGUCUGUGUCGUGAAAAAGGCAAGACCCGCUACCAUAGACUCAAAGGCUGCUGCUACUACCGGCGCAGCCGCUGCAAACAUGGUCACAAAGCUGAAACAGGGUGAUGUCUCCAGAGCACUAGUAGUCAGAACACGCAAAGAAGUCAGACGGCUAGAUGGAAGUUAUGUGAAAUUUGAUGAUAAUGCUGUUGUUAUGAUGAAUAAACAGCAGCAGCCUAUUGGGAAUAGAGUGCUCGGGGUGCUGGCUAAUGAGUGCAAGCAAAAGAGGUGGGCUAAAGUUACGACUAUGGGUGGCAGACUCAUUUGA